UGGAGUUGUAUCUUGAAAAACACCGCCCUCUUGUGGCUGAACGCGUGUAUUGCAUGAACACAACAAUGGAAGCUGAGCACGGAAGGAUGUCGUCUUGCUCAAGCGCGGGCUGCCUACUUGACACAAAUAUUUACCUCAGCUGCAAGCACAAGUGACUACUUCUGCGGAACCGAGAACCCGACAGGAAUUACACGGUACAAGUAAACGCCGACCAAAUAUAAUCAACAUUUGCGCAGUUUAGGUGUAAUGGAAUAUCCUGGACUCGGCAGUCUGCAUCCUUUGUGGGUUAGUUGCUGAUAUUCUUGGAUGUCAAAACAAUCAAGUGAAUACGAUGUGUUCAAUUUGUCUGCAGUAAACAAACCUAAGGUAGGCUAAAACCAUAUUUUUAUUGUUUUAAAGCUAAAUAUUCCGCUCAGGUGUAUAUUGUGGAACAGCAGAGAAGAAACAAGAGAUUUUGUGUGGCAUACGCAGACAUGUUUGUAGCGAAAAUAAACCACCGGAUGUUUUACCUUUACUUUCACAAUAAAAGCGGUGUUUUUGACUUCCAGUUCGAAAGAGCGCACGUUUUAAGCGACUGAGAUGUCCACCGACGUCUUUGUAGGCUUUUAAAGGACCUGACUGCACUAAAUUAUGGACACAAAGGAUACAGAAAGUGUUCCCCGCCCGUCCGGCAUCACCAGCGCGGCUUGUUUUAGUCUUCCCGCGAGCAGAGGACUUCCUGGCCUUGGUCCCGGAAGUGUCUCCUCCCCCACUACUGCCAGGAGGCUGACGUCCCUCCGAUCGCGGGACCUAACACUAGGAGGCGCCAUAAAGAAAAAGAAGAAAACAUUUGAACCGAACAUUCACGCUGUGAGGAAAAGCAAAGAUGAUUUGAAGGAAGAGGUCCGAGUUGCUCCAAAAAGAGGGAGUAGACAGAGGGACGGGAGGAGAAGAGAGAACAGAGGAAGGAGAAAAGCAAAACCUGAGACCAUCCAGUCUCACUCCAUCUUCGAGCAGGGUCCUGCUGACACGCUGCGAAAAACAGGCUGGAUUGCUGCUUCGGACGUGUGUGACUCCGACGUGUCUCCUACCUGUAAACCUGUGAAACAAGAGAGGAAAGAAUCUGACGAAGACGAGUUGCUCAGAAAACUACAAAGAGACGACUUCAUAUGUGACCCAAGUUUGAGGAAUGACGCCAAGCUGAAACCCAUCCAGUUGCCUCUGUGUCAGAAAAGCACAGAAUCAGGUCAAGAGAAACCUCCUCUUCUCAGACCGCCAUCCGGUGGACCUCAGGUUAAUACAGGUCAUAGCAACAUCGAGCAGCCUUCUUUGGUGAAGAAAUUGGAGGAUCUGCGCCUGUCUGACAGGGAGGAGCUCUUCUUCAUGCAGUUGCCAGACUGUAUGCCUGCCAGAGCAAAAAAAGCUGACUGUGCUCCUGAACCCAGGUUUGAGAAAGUCAGUAAAAAGUCUGAGGACAAGAAGCCCGUGCAGGUAAAAGAACAAGAGUCUCGUUCGGUCAGGUGCUCUCCCGUGCUGUCGGAAUUCCCUGAAGGAUUUCUGGGUAAACUCCAAAUACGAAAGUCAGGAAAGGUGGAGCUGAAGCUGGGCGAUAUUAUCAUUGACGUCACUGAUGGAGCUGCAUUCUCGUUCCUCCAGCAACUGGUGUCUGUGAGUCUGAGCGACGGCAAGAACGGAGACAUGAUGGUGUUAGGAAACGUCCAACACAAACUGGUUUUAUCGCCCAACUUCCAAACUCUGGUGGAACAGUCGACAUCACAACAAUCGUGAUCAAGGCUCGUCUUCAGCGGACAAAGUGACGUGUUGGGGAAGAAGCACUCACUUCUGGCAGCUCGGAAGUUACGCUCAACACACAGAACCUAUGUCACUGAGCAAUUGUACUUGUGGUCCUGAAGAAAGGAUGAAUUUAAAAUUAAUAGGUGUGUUUUCUAAUGUGCCAUUCAUUUUAGUAAAUGUUACAAAUUAAAGCCUCUCAAGAGGAUUGCACCAGAUAAUAGGUUACUAUGGAGAGAUUACAAGGUAGACCAUCAUGUUACUUAGCACUGAUAAUAGGCGUCUCAAAAUGAACAUGUAAAGUAGUUCAAGUGUAAACACACAGUACAGUUUUGACAUUCACAUAAGUCCUGUUUUAUUUGUACUUUUUAUAUACAUUUUAUUCUUACAUGUUUGUGUAUUUUUUUCUGUAUUGUCAUAAUGCUCAUUUUUUAUAGACGACGACAAGAUUCUAGUGAUGUCACUGCCAAAGCAUUGGGAUAUUGUACACUUUAUGGAAUUUUUACAAUAAAAAACAACAAAAACAAUUUAA